AUGAAUUUUCCCAUCAAAACCUCGGAACUUCUCUCUCAUUAUUUCUAUAAUGACGAGGAUUAUAGAGAUGAAUUUUUAAAUACGAGUGAUGAUCAUCAGGACUCUCGGGAGAAUUUCGACGAAGAAUAUUGUAAUAAUUCCGAAGAGGAUGAAGAUAGAGCGUAUUUUGUUACUGAGAUUGAAAAAUUGAAACAAUCAUCCACUCCUCGAAAACAAAAGAAACAGCAAGUAGAGAACACUCAAGUCAAAAUCAAGACUCGGUUUCUUGAAUUACCUCCAGAAAUAUUGUUGAAUAUUAUUGAUUUUGUCGUUCCAUUCUUUUCAACUUUGGAACAAGUAUUGAAAGGACAAGUAUUUGAUGAUGAAAGUAAGAGAGAUACCAAUGCUGUAUUACAAAAAGUAAUUCAGAGAAUGGAACCAUUCUUCUUGUAUGCCAUAAAUUUGGACAAGACAUAUGCAAAGUUGAUUCCCUCGUAUGGCGGUUUGACAUUUAACUAUACAAGAUCGUUGGCAAGAUCUGAAGAUGUAAUGCUGAGACAAAAUAUGGAAUUGAUUGUGAAAGAGAUUUUCAAUUACUUGAAAGUGAGCAAGGAAAGCUUUUACAAAAUUCUAAUUACAGAUUGUUAUCAUAUUACGACUGUGAAACUGUUUUGGGACUUUUUAUAUCAUUCACUCAGGAAUCCAUACAUAGUGAACGAAAUUAUCAAGUUUGGAGUAGCUUCCUUACCUGGGCAUCAAUAUGUAUUGGCAAUUCCAAUCUAUCAAGCAGUUCAACAAGCUACAUUCGAACCUGUUUGUUUUGCACAUUGGUUUUUAAUGAGCCCAUGUUUUGGAGUUAAAAAUUACCUAAAAUUUCAAGGCGUUGGAAUAUCAAGCUAUCAAGAUGAAUUCAUUGUCCUUUCAAACCUUUCGAUGGAUGAGUGGAAACGGUUUCUAUCAUUUUUAAGAAAACAAGUGAAAAGAUAUCCUUGCAUUUCCGAAAAGAGAGAAUAUAUUGAAUUAAUUAUUCGGAAAGUUGUAGAUACAGUGAAAAUUCUUCGUUCUCCCGGUUACAGCAAUAGCAUGGCUAAAAAGGCAACUGUUGUCGUUAGACCCGGCGAUGACAAAGUCAUAUUCAAGAAGGUUGAAUAUCUAAUUUCAACCUUUUUCCUCGAGCUCAAUAUCCCUCUGUUGCGACAUUGUACCAUGACAAUGAAUCUGUAUUUAGAAAUGGUUAGCUUCUCUUCUUCACAACUUUUUAUGAGGUUGUUGAAACGAAAUGUCAUGGACAAUUCUCAGUUAUCACAAAAUCAAAAGAGUAGUUAUUUAUUUGAGCUUCUUUUAGAAAAUAUGGAGAUUUUUACUGCAAGUCUUAAACACUUUCAAUUUGAUAUUAUUGACAUUAUUUUAGAUUUUUAUGAACGCUAUGCUAUGAAUCAUCAAGAUAUUGUGAAGUUUUUAAGAAAUUAUUAUCCUAUCCACACUAUUAUUAGUGCUGUUUUCUUGAGUUUGGAACGUAUGGACAUGAACAAGAGUUUCUACUCGAUUCUAACUCAGUGUUGUAAAUACAUUACAACAAUCAGGAAAUGCUUUCUCAAACUCUCGAACAAUGAACAUGAUGUGUUGAAAGGUGCUCCAACAGAAAGCUCGUCGCAGGUUGAAAACGUCAUGUUCACACUAGUUUACGAAGCUUGCAAUUAUUUGCCACUUUCUCGAUACCGUGAACAGAUUUGGAUAAUUUUCAAGUACAUUUAUCUAACAUUGAUCAAAGAACAAGGUUGCACAGAGCUCAUAGAAGACGUGAAAAAUAGUAGUGGUAAUAACAUUUUAGAACAAGCCAUUUCUACGUUUGAAGUAUUCGAAUAUUUACUGUCGAAGGAUCAACCAAAGGAGAUUUUAACCAUUUACCAAAAGUUGUUAUAUUCAACUCGAUAUGAUGUCAGCACCGAUCGAUAUUGUUCACUCUUCAAUUUCCUAUUAGAACAUUCCAUCUCUAAGAAGCGCCUUCUCAAUCACAUUAUUCAAGGCACCAUAUCCAACGAAAUUUUACUCAAGAUGAGAAAACUUAAAAGCUAUUACCACAAUGAGAAAUUAUGUAGACAAUUAUUGAAGCAAUCGAAACUGUCCUUGACCUUAAAGUCACACUCAUUUUCACAAGAAUCGAAAAGUACAUACCAUGCAUUACUUAAUUUAUUUUCAGAAUGGGGUUGUGAGGAGUAA